AUGACUACCGACGACGGAUCUUUGAAGGGGAGUUGUGAAGUCAUCAAGGUGGAGGAUGCUGGACUUUCGGAAGCCGAGACUUUCCUUCAACACUACCCUCUGCUGCGAGGGAAGACCAAGGAUGAACUUGAGAGGCUGAACAAGGCUGUUCUGAAGAAGCUCGACUGGAAGUUUCUGCUCAUCAUCACUUUAAUGCUCUUGAUGAACUACCUCGACCGCAUCAACGUCUCAAAUGCACGUCUUGCUGGUAUGCAGCAUGAUAUCCACAUGACGGAUGUGGAGUGGUCUGCUGGCAUCUCGCUCUUCUACGUGGGAUACAUUAUCUCACAGGUGCCAGCCAACAUCAUCAUGUCCAAGCAGAAGCCUCGUAUCUGGAUGCCUUGCAUUAUGCUCGCGUGGUCCUCCGUCACGAUAUGCAUGCCUGCUUGCACCCGACCUUGGCACUUUAUGCUUUGUCGUUUCCUCGUGGGGUUCACCGAAGGCCCAUUCCUCCCGGUCGUGGCGCUCAUGACGUCUAGCUGGUAUACAAAGCAAGAGAGCCCUUUGCGCAUGGCUAUCUGGCACGCAGGAAACAUCGUAUCAAACGUCUUCUCCGGUCUCCUUGCCGCAGGCAUCUUGACCAACAUGGACAACAUCGCGGGUUUGCAUGCGUGGCAGUGGUUCCUCUUGCUCGAGGGUAUCGUGUCUAUCAUGGUUGCCAUUCCUGGGUUCUGGCUUCUACCAAACUUCCCUAACAACACUGGAACCUACUACUUCACUCCAGAAGAGCAGCAGAUGGCGCAAUACCGACAAUCCGUAUCUUCCGGAUGCGUGACGGAGGAUGACGAAGGCGACUACAUUGGCGGCUUAAUGCAGGCGAUUCGGGACCCGUUCACGUGGCUGUUUGCUGGCAUCCAUUUCUCCCUGAUUAUCGCCCAGUCGUUCAAGGACUUUUUCCCAUCUAUCAUGGACACCCUUGGCUUUGGAAAGGUCGAGACUUACCUUGUCCAAGCUCCGCCAUACGUCAUCGCCUACAUUGUGACGCUAGUCGUCUCGUGGUCGUCUGGUCGCAUGCUCGAGCAUGGCUAUCACAUCAUCGGUGCUAUUUCGACUACCCUGAUUGGCGCAAUCAUUAUGAUCAGCACUCUCAACACAGGUGCACGGUAUUUCUCCAUGAUAUUGCUCUGCUGUGGCCCGUUCGUAGGCUUGAAUAUCCAGCUUUCAUGGGAGACUACUGUCGUGCCGCGACCACGAACGAAAAGGGCGGCACUCAUUGCUAUCGCAAACUGCGUGUCAAGUGUCAGUCAUUGGUUCACGCCGUAUUUCUUUUUGAGAAACCAGGAGCCGAGGUACGAGACCGGAGGUGGCUGCAUCAUCGCCGGAUGCGGCUUGACUAUAGUGCUAUGUUUGGUGACGAAGUGGUGGUGUAGUAAGAAGAACAAGGCUUUGGUCACAGAGGAGGAGCGCACGGGGGUUGUGAACAGCUGGAGGUUCGCGAAGUAG